AUGGAAUUGGCAGAAGGAGAAACUAUCAUCUAUUCGGGAAGACACGACGACAACCACAGGCAAGGUGUAGGAAUACUGAUGUCGAAAACAGCAGCAAGAGCACUGAUUGAUUGGACUCCAGUCAACGAAAGAAUCAUCCAAGCCAGAUAUCAUUCACGACACAUCAAGCUUAUGUUCAUACACAUCUACGCACCAACAGAAGAUGCAGAAGAACAAAUGAAAGACGAAUUCUACAUGAGACUCCAAGAUAUACUCGACAGCAGGAACAAGCAUGACAUGUUGAUCGUGACAGGAGACAUGAAUGCAAAGGUAGGAGAUGAACACCAAGAGUAUGCAAGGAUCAUGGGCAAGCAUGGGCUCGGGAGGAACAACAACAACGGGGAAAGGCUGUGUGAAAUGUGUGACAUGAACGAGCUAGUCAUAACAGGAACCCUGUUCCCACAUAAAGAACACAAAGCAACGAAGGUAUCUCCAGAUGGCAAAACCAAAAAUCAAAUUGACCACACACUGAUCAACAAGCGUUUCAGGAACUCAGUAGAAGAUACAAGAGUACACAGAUCUGCAGAUAUUGGAAGUGACCACUAUCUUGUGUGCUCAAGAAUCAAGCUGGAACUGAAGAAAAAACUAAAGGAAAAUAAAGCCACCAGAGUGAAGUAUGACACGGCAAAGCUGAAAGAGGAAAACAUCUUGAAGACCUUUGCCAUCAGCCUAAGAAACCGGUACGAAGUCCUUGAGGAGGAAGAGCAGGGAGAAGUUGGAGAUGAAGAGGUGGAUCGUGACGCCCGAAUAAUGGAUACAGGGAAGUGGCUGAGGCAGUCUUGGGAAGACCUCAGAAAAAGAAGAAGCCAUGGAUUGGCGAAGAAUCGUGGAGGCUUGUGGAACAAAGGGAUGCCAUAA